AAGAGAGAGAGAGAAGCAAGCAAUUAAAUCCCCAAGCACUUUCAUCAGUUUCAAGGAAUCUGAUACUAAAAGCUUUUCACACAACUAAAGCCACCCUAUCCCCAUUAAGGAAACCACACACUCUCUUUCUCUCCCUUACAUGCAAAGAAACCCAAAAGGAGAAUUGCAAGAACAAGGAAAGAGGUGGGUCAAUGGCAAAGCCUGAAGCAGAGGAGAUAACAACGGAAGUGGUGCUGGUGAAGGAGCCAGGAGAGGCUCAUGAUCAGCAUCAUCACCCCUACGCUUUCCAUGUCUCUGGACCUCGCAACGUUGCCUCUCCUAACUGGAGAGACCUCAUCAAUUCCAGUUGGAGGGACACAAAUUACAAAAGAACUGUCAUUGCCUGUUUCAUACAGGCAGUUUACUUGCUUGAACUUGAUAGACAAGAGAACAGAACUGAAGAAAAUGCUCUUGCUUCAAAAUGGUGGGUGCCUUUCAAGUACAAGCUAGCACAAACCUUGAUUGACGAAAGAGAUGGAUCUAUAUUUGGUGCAAUACUAGAAUGGGAUAGAUCUGCAGCAAUGGCUGACUUGAUACUUAUGAGACCUAGCGGUGCUCCAAGGGCUGUCUUAACACUUAGAGGAACGUUGCUCAAAAGCCCAACAGCGCGAAGGGAUAUUGAAGAUGACCUCCGCUUUCUGGCUUGGGAGAGCUUGAAGGGCUCCGUCAGGUUCAAAGUAGCUUUGGAGGCAUUGAAAUCAGUUGCUGAUAGGUAUGGAAGCAACAAUGUAUGUAUUGCAGGUCAUUCCUUAGGAGCUGGGUUUGCUCUCCAAGUGGGAAAAGCAUUAGCCAAGGAAGGAAUAUAUGUGGAGACCCACUUAUUCAAUCCACCUUCUGUUUCAUUAGCAAUGAGCUUAAGAAAUAUGGGAGAAAAGGCUGGAUUUGCUUGGAAGAGAUUCAAAUCAAUGCUUCCUAUGAGUAGUGAAACUCAGGUAAGCAGUGAUGCAGGUGAGAAAACUUUGGGUUUAGGAUUGAAGAAUUGGGUACCUCAGUUGAAGAAUUAUGGUGUAGGGUUAGGAAAAUGGGUACCUCAUUUGUAUGUAAACAAUAGUGACUACAUUUGUUGCUCUUACACUAACCCUGAUGGCACAGAAGAAAACAAUACUGGCAAGGAGAAUGUGGGUCUUACAAAUGGGCAAGCGGCAGCAAAGCUGUUUGUGAAGUCCAAGGGGAAACAGAAGUUUCUUGAGGCUCAUGGGUUAGAACAAUGGUGGUCAGACGACUUGGAACUUCAACAGGCUGUCCAUAACAGCAAGCUCAUAAACAUGCAGUUGAAAUCCUUGUAUAGCCUCCCAGCUCCAUAACAAACACAGGGAAAGGAUCCAUAGCAGAGAGUGGUUGCUUUCAUUGUGUGCAAAUAGCUCAUUUUCAAUAAGUAAAAUUCCAUACUACCGUUCAGGAGUGUGAAGUGUGAACUUCGAAUGACCUGGUUUACUUUUUUAUUGGCUUUACUGUUUUCUUAUCUUUGUUAAUCAGAUCUGCAAAUGUUUACUAUCUCACCUGGAUAUAUAGAACAAGUCAUUCUUUAAUUUCA